GCGGGAAACCUGGACCGUCACUAGUCAGACCGGAGCAGCGAGUUCCCGAAAGCAAAAAUGUCGAAGAUAGACAAGAUGAGCAUUCUGGGGGUGAGGAGCUUUGGGGUUGAGGAUAAAGACAAACAAGUCAUCUCCUUCUUCAAUCCUCUAACUGUUCUAGUUGGACCUAACGGAGCAGGGAAAACGACUAUUAUUGAAUGCCUUAAGUAUGCAACAUCAGGAGAACUUCCCCCUGGAGCUAAAGGAGCUGCUUUUGUACAUGAUCCAAAGGAUGCCCAUGAGACGGAUGUGCGAGCUCAGAUUCGCCUCUUAUUCACAGACGUUAAUGGAGAGAAAGUCACAGUCCAGCGCUCCAUGUCCUGCACUCAGAAGGCGAAGAACUACUCUUUCAAAAGUUUAGAGCAGGUUAUUAGCAGAAUGAAAGACGGUCAGAAAGUGAGCUUGCCCUCCAAAUGUGGCGAUAUGGACCGGGAGAUGAUUUCCUCGUUGGGCGUAUCGAAGCCGGUGCUGAAUCACGUCAUCUUCUGUCACCAAGAAGAGUCUAACUGGCCACUCAGCGAGGGCAAAGCACUCAAAGAAAAAUUUGACUCCAUCUUUGCUGCAACUAAGUAUAUCAAAGCUCUGGAGACGAUGCGUCAGCUGCGACUCAAACGUAGUCAGACGGUGAAGGAAUGCCAGGUGGAGCUGCGCUACCUGAAACAGAACAAGGAAAAGGCUCAGCAGAUCAGAGAGACUCUGUCCACGAAGGAGGCUCAGCUGAUGACGUCAAAAAACAACGUGCAGCAGAUCGAGAGCCAGAUCGAUCCGCUGGAGAAUCGACUGAUGGAUAUUGACACGAAGCUUGGAAAAGUGAUGAAAAUAGACAAUGACAUAAAGGCAUUAGAAAGCAGGAAGAAACAAAUGGAGGAGGACAACAAAGAACUGGAGGAAACAAUGGAACAGGUGUUCCAAGGUUCGGAUGAGGAGCUCCAGGAGGUUUACCAGAACCACCAGAAGACGGUGAGAGAGAAAGAGCGGAGGCUGACGGACUGCCAGAAAGAGCUGGAGAAAGCUGGCCGAGAGUGUCAGAGACUCAACAGAGUCAAAGCAGAGCUCCUGGUAGAACAAGGACGUCUGCAGUUGGAAUCUGAUCGGCAGAAUCAGACCAUCAAGAAUCGUGACACUCAGGUGCGCUCUCUGUCCACGUAUCUGGAGAUGGAGGGUUACGACCGGCCGCCCUUCACCUCCCUGCAGCUCGAGAGCUUUAACCGUCACGUCACACAGAGACUGGAGCAGGAAAAACAGACACUUACUCAGAUUCUGACAGAUCUUCAGGAAAAGGAACAACAGAAACAGAACUCUAUUGACGAGAUGAGGGAUAAGAAGACGGGGCUGGAGAGGACGGUGGAGCUGAAGCGAGACCUGCAGGGGAAGAAGCAGCAGGAGCUGAGGAACAUCAGGGCAGACCUGCAGAGGCUCGAGGGUUCAUCUAGUCGCCUGCAAGAACUGGAAAAUGAGUUGGCUAAAGCGGAGCGUGAGCUGCAGAGUGCUGUUCACAGCUCCAACGUGGAGGAGCUGAAGGCCGAGGUGGAGGAGCUCCAGAGAGAAAAGGCUAAACUCGACCGCACACAGAGACAACUUGACCAAGAGAUGCAGACUCUCAACACACACACCACCGCACGCACACAAAUGGACAUGUUGAAGAAAGAUAAGUCAGAGAAGGAGGAGCAGGUACGGAAGAUCAAGUCUCGUCACGGGGAGGAUCUCGUGUCCCUCUUGGGUCACUUUCCCAACAAGAGGGAGCUGGAAGAUUGGAUCUAUUCCAAGUCUAAGGAGAUCAACAGCACUAGAGACAGGCUUGCAAAAAUCAAUAAGGAUUUGGCGUCAGCUGAGCAGAACAGGAGCCAUACCGCUGCCGAGCUGCGUAAGAAGGAGCAGCAGUUAACUGAAGAUGAAGAGAAGUUCUUCAACGUUUGUGGCAGUCAAGAUCUGGAACAGGACCUGGGCAAACUACAGGAGGAUCUGGAGAAGAUAUCAAAACAGAGAGCCAUGUUAGCAGGAGCCACGGCCGUGUACACUCAGUUCAUCAGUCAGCUGACGGAGGAGAGGGAGCCCUGCUGCCCCGUGUGCCAGCGGACCUUUCCCUCCGAAUCUGACCUCCAGGAAGUGAUCAGCGACAUGCAGUCUAAACUCCGCCUGGUGCCGGACAAACUGAAAAACACAGAGCAGGACCUGAAAAGGAAGGAGAGGAAGAAAGAUGAUAUGAUGGCUCUCAGACCUGUAAGGCAGUCCGUCGUACAUCUUCGGGAAAAGGAGUUACCCGAGUUGAGGAACCGUCUACAGACUGUGAACAGAGAGAUUGAGAGGCUGAAAGCUGAUGUGGAGGAGCAGGAGGCUCUGCUGGCCACUCUGAUGUCUGAGGAGGAAACAGCCAAAGCCUGUCUGCAGGACAUAUCUCUUAUGGACAGAUACCUGAUGGACCUUAAAGAGGUGGAGAGGAAAAUAGCUCAGCAGGCAGCUAAACUCCAGGGAGUUGACCUGACCCGAACCAUCCAGCAAGUCAGUCAAGAGAAACAAGAAACUCAGCACAAGCUCGACACCACUUCCAGCAAGAUGGAGCUGAAACGUAAACUAAUUCAGGACCAGCAGGACCAGAUCCAGAUGCUGAAAAGUGCGGUGAAUGAGACGAGGGCGGAGAAGCUGCAGCUGAGCAGCGACAUGCAGAAGCAGCAGCAGCUGGAGGAGCAGUGUGUGGAGUUCACCACGGAGAUCCAGGCCCUGACCAGGGACAUAAGGGAGGCCAAGGAGCAGCUGGCUCCUCUGUCUGCUGCUCUGGAGAAGUUGCAGCAGGAGAAACAAGAGCUGCUGGAGCGCAGAAGACAGAAGCAGGAAGAAGGGCAGGAGAAGAUCAACGCCAUCAAAGAGAGAGUGAAGGUGAUAACCACAUUAGAGCGAGAUAUCACUAAAUACAUCAAUGAAGGCAAAGAUGAAUACAAAGAGCAAAAAGAGUCUGAGCUUCAAGAAACCAACACUCAGCUCCAUGAAGCUGAGAAACUGAAAGAGAAGAUCAAUAAGGAGAUUGGCAACAUUCGUCAAGACAUUGACACUCAAAAGGUCCAGGAGCGGUGGUUACUUGACAAUCUGACCCUGAGGAAGCGUGUUGAGGAACUGAAGGAGGUUGUGGCCAAACGUGAAGCUCUUUUGAAAGACAUGGGCAACAUGCAGGUCCAUCAGCUCCGCCAAGAACGUCGCGAUCUGGAACGGAGGUUGGAGGAUUUGAAAAAGAACCGCAGCAUUGCACUGGGUCGCCAGAAAGGGUUUGAGGAGGAGAUCCUGCACUACAGAAAAGAGCUGCGAGAAGACCAAUAUGACAAAGCGGAUGAGUGCUACAAAAACAAAAUGAUAACAAUGAGGACCACAGAGUUGGUCAUUAAAGACCUGGAUCUCUACUACAAGGCCCUUGAUCAAACCAUUAUGAAAUUCCACAGCAUGAAGAUGGAUGAGAUCAAUAAGAUUAUCAGAGACCUGUGGCGCAGCACCUACAGGGGUCAAGACAUCGAGUAUGUGGAAAUCAGGUCCGAUGUGGACGAGAACGCAUCUGCUGGAGUCAGACGGAGGGUUUACAACUACCGAGUGGUUAUGGUGAAAGGGGACACGCAUCUGGAUAUGAGAGGCCGCUGCAGUGCCGGACAGAAGGUGUUGGCCUCCCUGAUCAUCCGUCUGGCUCUGGCAGAAACGUUCUGUCUGAACUGCGGGAUCCUGGCGCUGGACGAGCCCACCACCAACCUGGACCGGGAGAACAUCGAGUCUCUGGCCCACGCCCUCGUGGAAAUCAUCAAGAGUCGCUCUCGCCAGCGUAACUUCCAGCUGCUCGUCAUCACCCACGACGAGGACUUCGUGGAGCUUUUAGGGCGCUCCAGCUACAUCGAGCAUUUCUACCGGAUCCGUAAGAACCAGGACCAGAACUCUGAAAUCACCAAGUGCAGCAUCACUUCCCUCUCUACCUUUCUCCAUUGAGCAAAAAAAACACCUUCAGGAAUGCUAGCAGUGCUUUAUGCUCUUUAUUUGGUUGGUACAGUCACGUUCUGUUCUGUUCUUAAAGCUUGCAGGAAAGAUCCUCUUUGGCAACUGGAAGAUGUACAAUCUGAAUGUAACCAAGCAUGAGUGUCUUUAUUUUCUUCUCCUUGUUUAAAAAAUGUAUAUUUAUAACUUCAAAAUAAGGAAUAGUUUGUUCCCUUUCUUUGUUCUUUCAAUCACAAAUUGUAAGUUUUUGGAAGCGCCUUUGUUUAUGUAGUUGUACGAUCACUGUUCAGUGACCAUUAACUAUUAUAUCCUACUUUCAGCAGGUUGUAUCGAGUGUCUUUAAAAAAACAAAAUAAAAUCCUUUGUAUAGAUAAUAUUUGCAUACAACAACAAAUUCAUGAAAGGGAUAUCAGAAGUUAAGAUCCUUAUGUGUUGCAUGGACAGCUGUAACGCUGUAACCUGCUCUCUCCUGAGGUUCAUGACGGCUCUGGACAGAUACGGAUGUUCAAUCUCUUCCAAGUUUGUUUCCUUGUUGACCGAGUUGGUGGUGGCCGUCACGCCUUCAUCAGUGACCACUAACUCACUCAGGGAUUGAAGUUCGGGGUGUUGAAGUUCAAGAUGUUUCAUUUUCAGCUGUGAGGAG